UUCUUGUUUGUUCUCUUCAACUUUCAAUUUCACAACAGUCUUUUUCAGGUCGGAAAUCUUUCAGUCAAAAGAGUCACUCGUUUCAGAAAGGAAAACCCUCUGUUCUCUAACUCUAUUCUCUCUAUUUCUGAAAAGAGAGGAUUAUACUUCAUUGUCUGCUUGACCAAUUCUGCGACUUUGCGUUUCUUUUCAGUUUUCUCCACCAUAACCUCUACUUCCAAACCAUUUUUACUACCAUUAUUCUGAUGGCUUUACCUAGUGCGCCUCCUGUUCCGGAGACGGCAGCUCCACCGAGCUCGCCUGUUCUAGGCCCCGCGGAUUCUGGAAUUAAUCCCCAGACCGCGGUGGCAGCGACAUCGAUCCCGGUGUCAGAAGCUUCGUCCUCGGCUUAUAACGAGGCGAUUGGGUUGCUCGACCCAAUCGCCCCGUAUCAAACAGCAGCAAGAUCAGAGAGGAACCUGGCUCCUACCAGGGAGAUGAACCAAUUGCCUGCAGAAAGACCGCUCAGUGAUCAUUUCAUGAUCUCAUCCUGCUCGGAUAGAGCCUACGUCCCAACGCCAUUCAACACCCCUCGCACUGCAUCCGGAAGAGAGUCUCACCCUCAUCUUGCACAAGAUUCCUCCCCUAGAGGAGAAGAAAAGCCGACUAUCAGAAGAGUAGCACCUCGUAUCCUUAGUGGUGAUUUAGGCGAAAAGGAGAAGGUCUAUCUUCGCGGAGGGGGUCCAAAGAAGAGGCGUGGUGGUGCUGCUGGUAAUGCUCGCAAGAAGCCAAAGCCUGACAAGUACGCGGAUGUUGACCACUUGUUGUCGGACUUCAAAUCACCCAUCUUCCAAGAAGAUGCGAAUAUCAAGGCGGUUCUUACUCAUCCAUUGACAAAACAAACGAUGGCUGAGCAGGGUGAACCAUACCCUUUCGAUGGAAUGACUGGAGAUGAGAUUGCAACCACUGCCGCAGACUUCAAGUCAGAUGGUAGUUACGGAAGAUUUGACCCAGACUGGAUCGAACAAGCUAUCAAAGCAUCUCAAACCCGCGCAUCUGGUGGAUAUGAUGCUUAUCUAGACAGUCAGUUCGCAGAAAAUUGGGCUGAAGACGAAGAGCAAAUCUCAGAUGAAGAAACGAAAGAUCUCAAUGAUAAUGGCGAAGAUGGCGGCAACGGCGAGACAAAGCCUGAGAAAGAAGAAGAAAAGAAUUAACCGAUGAUUAGCACCUGCUCGGCGAUGUUGUAAUUCUUUCGAUCCUUCCACCUAUUAUAAAAGCUCGCAGGCAUUCAACAAUACCAACGACUAGAGUACGUCAAAGAUAUCACUGGCUUUGUCGUAAUAUUUCCUUACACCUAAUGUUGAACCUCUUCGAAGUAGCAAACUCCCUCACAACACGACCCUUUACAACAAUCAUCCGAAACCUUGGCUUCUCUACUACAUUCGAUCUUUUUACAGCCAAGCCAGACUUUGCGCAAAUUUGAGGCGCCCUCAUUUCAGUUUAACUUUUCUUAUUCUCAGAUCAACAAAUUUCAUUGCGCACGCGGCGUUCAGUAUGUCAGAUUAGAUACCCACUUGUAUUUCUUGAUUUCGUCGGACAGCUUCUCAAAAAGAUACCUUCGGAGUUUGAUUUGAGGCUGGUUCUGGGGCUAAUUUGGCUUUUUUAUAAAAAGUUUCAAUUCUAAGUUUACGCAUGUGGUGUUUGGAAUCUACAGGGGAUUUAUGUGGCAGUUUGUAAGAAGAAGCUUCAGCUAUGAAUCGACUCGAUGUCAUACUCGAAUCUCUGAUAAAAAGUCAGAUAUUUACAACCAAGGGGAGGAAUGCACGAGCCUAGCAUACCUGUCUACAACUGAGAAUCCUAAUUAGUUGGUUCGACUUCCCGUUGUUAUGUGUGGUAUUUAGAAGGGGGGGGGGUCGUAGAUUAGGCUUCUUCUAGUUCCACUGUUAAUUUACAAAUUGAUUCAUUUUCG